AUGAACGCACUUACUCCCAACACUGCCGCGUUCCUCGACUCGCUCACGUAUGACUCGAUCAAGACUGAGCCUGAAAUCGUCUCCAUGCCCCCCUCCACCUUCUUCCCAGUGCCUGGUCGCGACACGCCAGAGGAUUCGUCACCCGAUUCAGUGGCACCGAAGCGGAUACAUGUCGUUGUCUCGGAUGACUCCGACAACGAAAUGGGUAACGCCAUUGGCCACAAACGCAAAGCGUCUGGGCCUCACGCGGCACUGGAAGAUGACGAUGAUGAUGACACAGCCCACGACGACAAGCGUCAACACAACGACAGGAAGUCUGGCGGCCGUCGCAACUCCUCAGAUAACCACAAUCACAAGUCGUCCAAGACAGAGAAGGGUGGCAAGGACACGGCCAUGACCAAGGCGCAGCGGCGGAAGGAGCAAAACCGUGCCGCUCAGAAGGCGUUCCGAGAGCGACGCGAGGCGAAGGUUCGCGACUUGGAGCAGAAGGUCGCAGAGCUAGAGGCCAAGUCGUUCGGCGCUACUGUAGAGAACGAGAACCUGCGCAACAUCCUCAAGAGAUUGCAGGAAGAGAACGUUGCUCUUAAGCAGGCGUCAUUCACCUUCUCCAUGCCUGUAAAUGGUCAACCCGCCAAUACCCCUCAUACUUCAACUCAGGCAACGCCGGUUAACGGUACGGCCGACGGCACGACUGCCAAUGGUCAGACCGCUAAUGGCGGAAUCGACUGGUCACAGUUCUCGGCGUUCAGCAGGAAGCCGCCUUCCCCACCGCACAGCGUGUCCAACGACAGCUUGCGGAGCAUAAACGACCCUUCGCCUCAGGUUGUCCACCGUAACUCUAGCGGUUCCGGUGCGAGCCCCGAGUCGCUGUUCUCGCUUGGCCCGAGCCCGGACAACAGAAUGCCCAACCUCUUCGGUGCCAACGGCAGCACCGGGAACGACAUGGCCGCGCGGACCGCAUUCCAGGAAGCGCUUAAGAGGCACACCAGCUCUACCAGCCCUAACGACCAGCUUUCGACACCAAGCUCGAUCGGUGGGACCAACAAGGACGACGUCGAGGCUCUCUUCCGGAGCUUCUACCCCAACGGCAUCGACAGCAUGCUUCAAAACAUCAAUAACAAUACGAACACGUCGGCGAGCACAAACAACCUGCCUAACAUGCAGACGCAGAUGCCGCAGUACACGUUCUUGACCCAGACACCAGGCUUAACGUCGCAGGCCGACACGUCGUCGUCCAACGCGUUUACCAAGCUCUUUGGUGACGCGACCUCGUACCGUGACUCGUCUAACGACGCCUCAACGAGGACCCAGACGGCAAACGUCAGCAAUACGUCCAGCGGCUUCACGGGCCUAGCCAACCAGUCGCAGUGGUCCGACCUCACGGACAACAGCGUGAACGACUUCCUCAACUCGCUCGCCGGGAAUAAUAAGAACGCUGAUUCCUCUGAUCUCACUGGUGGAGCAGACGACGAGGCGUUCUCAAGGCAGCUCGAGGCUCUCAUCGCCCAGUCUGGCGGUGUGUCGCCAGAGUCUGCGUUCAACCUUGCUCCCAACAACGCCUUCAGCCCGACCAAUUAUCUCAACAUGUCUCCAUCCCCUUUGCGCUCGCUUUCCAAUUCGCAGUCACCUCGGUCUGGCACCGAUGCGACGUCGCCACAGUCGGACAUCAAGAGCCCAAGCUCAUUCGGCGGAGCCAUGUGCGGCACGGGCGUCGUCCAUAUCCUGAACGAGGACGGUCGUGUCAUGCGGCCGUCCGAGGUCUGGACGCGCAUGGGCAUGCACGACUCUGAUCCUCAAGAUCUGAUGAUCGACGACUUGUGCGACCAGAUGAAGGAGAAGGCGACCUGCAAGGAUGGAAAACGAUACAUGAAGUUCGACGACGUCGAGGGCAUGAUGCGUCGCCGCGCAGAGGGUUACGAAGAGGACAAGCCCCUGGCUAAGACCGAGUUGAAUACUGCUCCUGCGCCCACCAAGAUUGACCCCACACUAGACCCCGACCUCGUGUGUCUGAAGGAUGAGCACGGAGAGUACGACCCCAUAGCUUGCCAGGCCAAAUUAAACGAGGCGUUCCUCAAGCAGAAUGGACUGGCCAUCUGA